AUUUACUACAUUUAUAUUUUAAAUCAAUAACUGCAAAUAUCAUUAACUUUAUCAAAUAAUUGUGCUUUUUUUUAAAAAAUAUAUUUUGUAAAUGCAAUAUAUUAUUACAUAUGUAAAAUUUAACAAUAUCUACAUUGGUUUUUGACCGCCAAAUAACGAAACAGCUGAUGAUCAGAUGUUCAGAAUAUUUUUCAAGUUUCGAUAUGGAAAAAAAUGAUGAAAAAAGAUCAAAACGAGCUGCUGCUAAUGUAAAUGAAAGAAAGCGUAUGCAGUGCAUAAACAAUGGCUUUGAAUCCCUAAGGGAACUUCUUAAUCUUCCUUAUAAAGCUCGACUUAGCAAGAGUGCAAUAUUACAGUAUUCUGCCGACUUAUUACAAACCACUAUUUCGGAAAAUUUGCAGCUAAAAGAGCAAAAUAACCUUCUUCGUAAUUUAGUCUGCACUUAUAUAUCAAAUGCUGAUGAUUUGUCUUUCAUAGAUACAACUCCUUUUAUAAAAAGAAGACAUCUAGAUGUUCAAUCAAAAACUAAUGUCAGUGUAUCUUCAUCUGACAACCCAACUUUAUAUUCACAAAAAUCACAACAUAAGAAAGAUCUGUCUAUUGGAUGUGAUAAAAAGGUUUCUCCACGCAGAAGUCCUCGUUUUUCUGAAACAACUCGCUCUUCAGUCAUUACAAAGAAUGUUACAUACUCUCCUUUCACUGAUCCUUCACUUUGCGAAAGUCCGAUACAUGAAUCAACAGGUGUAUAUGCUAAUGAGCUGUUAAUGACACCACCAGCAUCAGGUGGAUCAACAAAAUUUCAACAGGAGUUUUUUGUAACAUCUUUGGAAAAUGACAAAAAUAAAAUUAGCCCAUCAUUAACAAAAUCUGAAUUUAUUGGAAACACUCAUACCUGUAAUGCCAAAAGAAGUUUAGAUGCUAUUAUUCAAGCAAUUGACCAACUAGAAAAAAGUUGACUUUCAGUACAAUUUUGCUUCUAAUCUGGGGUUUAACAGAAAUCACAUCAUAUUGUUCUUUGCAUAAAAUAGACCACUCAAAUUUAUUUUUAUUUUUCUUGUAUUUUUUAUUUCUGAAUUUUUGUAUACAAUUUUUUUACUUAA